AUGGACGAAAAGAAAUACGACCCGGACUUCAAGAACCGGAUCGAAUACGUCAUAACGGACAAGAAGCUGGGAGUCUUCAGUUCUACAGAGUAUCAGCCUUGGUGUAAGGACAUCAUCUAUCUUCUCGACGUGGGAAGAAAACAUCUACGAAACUACACGUGGGAGGGCCCGGUGCAUGAAGAAGAUGCAGAACUCCAUUCCGGUGCAACAACCCUCGUUGAUGGCGGCGACUCCAACGAUUCACUUGAUAGUAUGACGCAAUCUUUUGAUUUCCCAACCCAAUUCAAUGCGUCAACGAUAGAAGGUCAAAAGUCUAUUGCGAUCAAUAUCGCGUGGGAGUUGGAACCGGAAUCCUGGAAUCCCGAUGUGGUGCGUGGAGAGGGUUAUGUUGCGCGCUUCUUGGUUGGUGAAUGGACGCUGGCAAAGGGCCAGUCGGACGUGGGUGAGAGGGAGGCAAUGAUAGCACUUUUCGACAGGGUGCAUAUGCUGGCGGAGAGGUUUCGUGAGAAGGAUGAAGCGGAUCGUGUGAGGGACGAGGAAAGGCGUAUAGCGGAGGAGGAGGCUGGAGAGGCGAUUGUCGAGUAG